GGAGUCAGUCAGCCGCGGCUUGCGCUCCCUGGACCCCACAUCUCGCAGUCCUGUGGCGGUGUCUCACCAUAAUGGCACAUUUGUCCAACAUAGAAGUACUUAAAGAACAUCUCGCAACACACACAACAAACGCCACGUGUUCCUGGGAUGUCAAACACUCAAACCUUGGUGGAAGAGGGUUAUUUGCUACAAAAUUUAUAGAAAAAGGAAAUUUAAUUUUUACCAACAAACCUCUAGUUAUUGGACCACGGGCAGAUCAGAAUAAAGACACCUUUUGCACCAACUGUUUUCAAAUAAAUAAAACUUGUGUUUUGUGUGAAAAGUGUUAUUUAAUGGUGUGCUCCGAAAACUGUAAAAAUACGCGUCAUGCCCAAAAGUGUGACUUAAUUUCUACUACUUGGAAACUGGAUGAAGAAUUUGAUAAUAAGGCCCAAUUUAUGGCCGGGAUCCUUAUAUAUUUAGAAUGUUUAUUGCUAUCAAAGCAGCAAGUCGAAAUGCUUUGUCGGCUACAGAAAAGCGACUCUAGCAGUGUAGACUGGUCUGAACUUCAAACGUUAUUACCAGAAAACACCAUUCCUGAAGAACAAGUCAAGUUCAUUACGAUGUGUUCAAAAAUAUUAAAAAUUAAUUCAUUUAGAAUAUCUAAUCACAGCCAGAAAAAUAUGGUGCCUUUGCGCGGCCUAUAUCCAAUAUCCGCAUUCUUGAAUCACAGUUGCAUUCCAAACACGAGAAAUGAAUUCGGUGAUGAUUAUACAAUGGCGGUUUACGCGAGUAAAGACAUCGAAGUUGGGGAAGAAAUCGUCAGCAGUUACACUGGACUGCUUUGGUGUACGCCCGCCAGACGAAUUCAAUUGUACAAAACUAAAAGAUUCUGGUGUAAAUGCCACAGGUGCUCCGACUCCUCUGAAAUGGGAACAAGGCUGUCGGCGUUGCGAUGCUUGCACAAGGAGUGCGUCGGAGUUCUGUUGCCGGUAACGCCUUUGGACCCCCGGUGCGAGUGGCAGUGUGACAACUGCGAAGCCCUGGAACCCCCUGCCCGUGUGAACAUGGUGCAGGGCGUCCUCGGGAGCCUCGUAGCCACGCUGAACCUGGAUAAUCAAUUCCAGCUAGAAACUUUCGUGCUAGAAAGACUAGCGGCUUUAAUCCCUUACUCCAACCACAUUUUUGUUGAUUUGCGACUGAGACUUGCACUGAAGCUUGGAUUUGCUGACGAUAUGAAAUUAUUCGAGCUGUCGGAAUCCCGGCUGUCACUGAAGGAGACGCUGUGCCGCGGCACGCUGCGCACGGUGGCGGCUCUGGGCGCGGGCGACGCGCACCUCCGCGGCCUGCUGCUCUACCACCUGCACGCCGCGCUGGCCGAGCGCGCGCGCCGCUCGCCAGACCUGUUUGAGGAGUUGAAGCCAGAAAUCGAAAGUACAAUUGAGCAGGCCUACAGCAUUUUGCAAGGCGACGUGUCCGCGCCGCCCGACCUCGAGCUCCGGCGCCGCUACCUCGGCCCCGGCUGCGACAAACCCCAAGAAGAGCGGUUUUUUAUCCUGGACGCUUAAUGUCUACGAGUCGUACAUAAUCUAAAGCCAAAGUGUCCUAAAAUAUAAUUAUUUCCGAAUGCUGUUAAUACAAAUAUAUUAUACUUACCUACUUACGCUUAUUUGAGCAGUUGACACCAAAGUCCUAUUAAUAGGAAUUUCAAUCCUUUAGUACCUAAGUAGGUACCUAAACUAAACGAUUAGUCUAGCAACUGAGAUUUAUCAAAAUAAGGAACUCAAACCUCUAGUCUUAAUUUUGAGACGUGUUUUGUAAAAUAUGUUAGAUAUUUUUAGCUACUA